AUGACAGAGAAGGGAAGUAGUGCGAAGAGGUUUAUUGAGGAGGGGGCAAGUGCGGGGCAGGCGAAGCGCGCCAAAGGGGAUGACCAUCUUGGCGGUGAGGACGAUGAUGAGCCUAGUGAUAAGGGUGAGAAUGUUGAUGAGGUAGGAGCUGCCGCUUCACGUGAGGGGCACGGCCCCCUGACACAACCCCACCAAACAGAUGACACAAGGAAGAGGCCAGAGAAGGCACAAGCGGUACUCAAUGAAGACAUAAAGCAGUUCAUAGAAAAGAGAAUACCAAACGUUAGCAGAAACUUACAAGUGGAUGUUUGUGUAGCUAUUCCCUCCUCCAUUAUAAACAACAGGAGCGAUGUCAUAAAGUCUUAUUUGACGAGCUACCUGGCCAGAAUAUUCACCGUUUUUUCCGUCUCGAAGGUGUACAUAUAUGACGACCAAAUGAUGAAUGAACGAUUUGAGCGGCGGGACCAGCAUUUGAACAGUGGGCACCCCACCACCCAUAGUACUAGCCAUCCACACAAGAUGAACGAACGGGACAAAAACUACCACAACGAUAGGGUUGGCAGUAAGCACCAAGGAACGAGACCAAGCAGUCAUUCAUCCUCACAAGAAGGAGAAGGAGAAAAAUCAAACACAGAAUAUUCGUACCUUUGUCAGUACCUACACUACAACCUACAAUAUUUAGAGACACCCCAAUAUUUGAGGAAGCACCUUUUCCCCAUAACUCACUUUUUAAAACACUCAGGAAUAAUGAAUCCUGUGGAUGCUCCCCAUCACUUGAGAAGUGAUGAGUGGCUUCCAUUUCGUGAAGGGGUUGUAAUAAAGAAGAAGUCAAAUGGAGUCAUUGUGGACGUUGGGUUGUUUGCUCAUGCACAUAUAGAAAAUGUAAACCAUGUGGAUAUUGGGACGAGAGUUACCGUCCUAUUUCAUCCAAAUUCGUUACCCCUAUUCCAGAGGAGAAAUGCAAAUGUUUUAUUUUCAGGAAAAUUAAUCAACCCCAGUACUCCAAGGCUGUACAAUUUGUAUUGGGGCUACUCCGUGGAGCUGCUAAAACGGCUGAGUGAUGUUUUUGACCUGGACGUAGACUACAUCGUGGGCACCUCGGAGCGCGGGCACAUCAUGGGAGACGCGACAGACGCAGUUAGAGGAGCCAGCUCCAUCCUCAUCGUGUUCGGAAACAAGCAAGGGCUAGAAGAUCUGCUCAUCAAGGAGCGCGAAGAGCGAAAAAAAAAAAGCUAUCCCAUGGAGAAGAGGAACAAAGUUUUGAGCAAAAUGUUGAAGAAAUUUCACCUAUUCGUGAACACGUGCCCUCACCAGACAUCCAGAACAAUACGGACAGAGGAGGCCAUAGCGAUAACGUUGUCGCUGUUUCAUAACAUUCUCGUGUAG